GUCACAGUGCUGUCCUGGAUCCAGCAGGAAGCCCAUGGAGCCUGGGGCCACAGGCCACAGGGGACAAGGGCCAGACACCCCGGCCAUGGCUCCAGGCCAUUGAUCCAGGCCAGGCCGGCCAGGCGGGGGUUGGGAAACCUUGGCCUAGACAAACAGAGGCUUCUGAGGCCUGUGUGCAGGCCCUGCACCUACCUGCCACUCCCAAAGGAUGCCCAUGGCUGAAGCCCCCCAAGCAGCUGGUGGGCAGAGCGAUGGAGGUGAUGGCAAGGAAGCAGAGCCGGAGAGGGUGUUCAAGGCCCCCGAGGGCACCAAGAGAAAAGCCCAGAACUACCUCCGCCUGGCGCCCCUGUGGCUGUCCCUGGUCGUGCUGGCAUCAGUGGGAGUGCUGCUCUGGUACUUCCUAGGGUACAAGGCAGAGGUGACAGUCAGCCAGGUGUACGCGGGCAGCCUCCGCGUGCUCAAUCGCCACUUCUCUCAGGACUUCAUCCACCGGGAGUCCAGUGCCUUUCGCAGUGAAACCGCCAAAGCCCAGAAGAUGCUCAAGGAGCUCCUUGCCAGCACCAGCUUGGGAAGUUACUACAACUCCAGCUCUGUCUAUGCCUUUGGGGAGGGACCCCUCACCUGCUUCUUCUGGUUCAUUCUCCAAAUCCCCGAGCACCGCCAGCCAAUGCUGGGCCCCGAGGUGGUACGGGCGCUGAUAGUGGAGGAGCUGCUGUCCACGGCCAACAGCUCGGCCCCCGCCAGCUACAGGGCCGAGUAUGAGGUGGACCCCGAGAGCCUGGUCAUCCUGGAAGCCAGCGUGAAAGAUAUAGUUGCACUGAAUUCCACGCUGGGCUGUUAUCGAUACAGCUACGUAAGCCUGGGCCAGGUCCUCUGGCUGAAGGGUCCCGACCAACUGGCCUCCAGCUGCCUGUGGCACCUGCAGGGCCCCAAGGAUCUCAUGCUCAAACUCCGGCUGGAGUGGAGACUGGCUGAGUGCCGGGACCGCCUGGCAAUGUUCGAUGCAGCUGGGCCCCUAGAGAAGAGGCUCAUCACCUCGGUCUACGGCUGCAGCCGCCAGGAGCCCGUGGUGGAGGUCCUGGCAUCGGGUGCCGUCAUGGCGGUGGUCUGGAAGAAGGGCCUGCACAGCUACUAUGACCCCUUCGUGCUCUCUGUACAGCCUGUGGCCUUCCGGGGCUGUGAGGUGAACUUGACAUUGGAGGGCAGGCUGGAGCCACAGGGUGUCCUCAGCACCCCAUACUUCCCCAGCUACUACUCACCCAGCACCCACUGCUCCUGGCACCUCACGGUGCCCUCCCUGGACUACGGCUUGGCCCUCUGGUUUGAUGCCUAUGCGCUCCGGAGGCAGAAAUAUGACUUACCGUGUACCCAGGGCCAGUGGACAAUCCAGAACAGGAGGCUAUGUGGCCUCCGCACCCUGCAGCCCUAUGCUGAAAGGAUCCCUGUGGUGGCCACGGCUGGCAUCACCAUCAACUUCACCUCCCAGAUUUCCCUCACUGGGCCUGGCGUGCAGGUGCACUACGGCUUGUACAACCAGUCAGACCCCUGCCCUGGAGAGUUCCUCUGCUCUGUGAAUGGACUCUGUGUUCCUGCCUGUGAUGGGAUCAAGGACUGCCCCAAUGGCCUGGAUGAGAGAAACUGCGUUUGCAGAGCCACAUUCCAGUGCCGAGAGGAUAGCACGUGCAUCUCACUGUCCCGGGUCUGUGAUGGGUGGCCUGACUGUCUCAACGGCAGCGAUGAGCAGCAGUGCCAGGAAGGGGUGCCUUGUGGGACAUUCACCUUCCAGUGUGAGGACCGAAGCUGUGUGAAGAAGCCUAACCCCCAGUGUGAUGGGCAGCCCGUCUGCAGGGAUGGCUCUGACGAGCAGCAAUGUGAUUGUGGCCUCCAGGGCCCCUCCAGCCGCAUUGUGGGUGGGGCUGUGUCCUCUGAGGGUGAAUGGCCAUGGCAGGCCAGCCUCCAGGUCCGGGGUCGACACAUCUGUGGGGGGGCCCUCAUCGCUGACCGCUGGGUGAUAACAGCUGCCCACUGCUUCCAGGAGGACAGCAUGGCCUCCCCGACGCUGUGGACCGUGUUCCUGGGCAAGGUGUGGCAGAGCUCGCGCUGGCCUGGCGAGGUGUCCUUCAAAGUGAGCCGCCUGCUCCUGCACCCGUACCACGAGGAGGACAGCCACGACUACGACGUGGCGCUGCUGCAGCUCGACCACCCCGUGGUGCGCUCGGCCGCCGUCCGCCCUGUCUGCCUGCCCGCUCGCUCUCACUUCUUUGAGCCUGGCCUGCACUGCUGGAUCACGGGCUGGGGCGCCCUGCGGGAGGGCGGCCCCACCAGCAAUGCGCUGCAGAAGGUGGAUGUGCAGUUGAUCCCGCAGGACUUGUGCAGUGAGGCCUAUCGCUAUCAGGUGACACCUCGCAUGCUGUGUGCCGGCUACCUCAAGGGCAAGAAGGAUGCUUGCCAGGGUGACUCAGGUGGCCCACUGGUGUGCAAGGCACCCAGUGGCCGCUGGUUCCUGGCAGGGCUGGUCAGCUGGGGCCUAGGCUGUGGCCGGCCCAACUACUUUGGCGUCUACACCCGCAUCACAGGUGUGAUCGGCUGGAUCCAGCAGGCGCUCACCUGAGGAGCUGCUUCUGCAAAGCUGGGGCCUAUCUGCUGGACUCAAGAGCCCAGGGCACAUGCCAGACAUGGGCAGGCAGGCCCUAUGGAGGCAGGAGGUGGCAUCCUGCCCUCAACCCACUCCCUGAUGUCUGCCACAGUGAUGGCAGGAGGAAGGAGCAAGGCCCUCCACUGGUGGUCAAAACGACCCCCUGGAACCAGGCCCACCAGGCCCAGCUGAAGGGGUUCACAUCCAGCCCUUUUGUCUCCCAAUUCUCUCUCCUCUGUCCCAUUCCUGGUUCAGCAGCGAUAAUGCUGGCUUCCAGGUCCCCAGCAGGGGUGUCUGAUGAGAAGCCUCUCCCCAGUGCAGAGGCUGCUGAGGCAGCCUUGGCUCCGGAGAGCAGAUUCCAGCCUGUGAAACCCCAGGUCUAACUUGAGAGGUGGGGGUGGAAGGUGCUCCAUAGGAGGGGCCCUCAGAGCCCUGAAGACUGCCUGGUGGGCCAGUGUCUGUAAGCCAAAGGGUGGGGAAGCCCCCGCUCCAGGGUCUUUGCCCCACCCCUUCCUGCCAGCCGGGCCUUCACUGUCCAGACCCUCCCCUGGCAGUGAGAUGAGCUCAGCUGCCCUGUAAAAUAAAGAUGCCUGACCCAAGGCCCUGCUGCUGGGGUUUGAAUGGGGAGCUGGCACCAGCCUCACGUCCUUGACUAAAGAGACCCUGCUUCUUGCUCAGCCUGUUCAAUGAGGUUGAGUGGGUCAGUGGAGGCAGGUGUGGCCACUAAGACCUGGAGGCUCCAGGGCAGCUGCCCAGGUCCCAGGAGAAACCCCAAGAAGGCAAUGGGACCCUCAGGUCAGAGUGAGGGACGGUCCAAGUUACAGGCUUCUUCUGGAACCUUGGGAGGAAACAGAGGCUGGGAGAGGGGCAAAGGCAUUCUCACAGUGAAACUGGGGGUUGGGAGUAGAGGUGAUGGGGACCUCCUGGUUCCCUCCAGUGCGACAUCCACUCCCUUUGCAUUCUAUUGAGUAAAGCAUUUCAUGGGCUCCUGCUAUGAACAAAGACCGUGUAGGGCCACAGAGACGAGCCCAACAUGGCCCCUGCCCUCAGAAGCAGCAGGGCUGAUGAGCUAGUAGAUAGGGCUAUGGGUAGCAGAUAACCAGGAAUGCCAGCAAAGGCUGCCUGGAGUGUGUGAGACCAGAGCUGGGGUUUGCAGGUGGCCAAGGAGGGGAAGGGCAUUCCAGACAGGGGAAGAGCAUGUGCAAAGGAGUCCCAAAAGAACGUGGCAUAUAAGACAACAGCAAGCCACACGUUCUUCAGAAGAGGCUGGGAGGGGAAAGACUGAAGAGGAAUUCAUGGCUCAGCACCCGGUGGUUACAGCGCCAGCCACAUGCAACGAGGCUGGCAGGUUCAAACCCAGCCCAGGCCUGAUAAACAAUGACAACUACAACAAAAAAAUAGCUGGUGUUGUGGUGGGCGCCUGUAGUCCCAGCUACUUGGGAGGCUGAGGCAAGAGAAUCUCCUAAGAGUUUGAGGUUGCUGUGAGUUGUGAUGCCACAGCACUCUACUGAGGGUGACAUAGUGAGACUGUCUCAAAAAAAAAAAAAAAAAGGAAGGCUCUAGCAGAGGAGUAACACAGUGGAUCCCCCAUGACACCAGUGUGGAGGGAGUGCCAGGAAGGACUGCAUGGGGCCUGUGCCAAGCUGUUCAGGACAUAGGGUCACCAGGACUCCUGGGGGCAGUGGUAAUGGAGCCAGAACAGCUGGAGCUGGGGUGUGGGAGAAGGGAGAGAGGGUGCCUCUGAGGCGGACACACACUGGAGAGGGGGGGGCCACUGUGGCUGGGUAAGGUGGAAGGGGAGGCGGGGUCCUGCCUGGAGGGAAUGGGGCAGUUGGGCAGGCAGGGAGCUAAAGCAUUCCAGUCCAUGCAGUCCACAGGCCUCAGUGGGGUGGGCAGAACACAGCUGGAUAUCACCUUGGGUGCUUGGCUGAAAUGUAGAUUCCUAGGUCCCUUCCCAGUCUUGGCUAAUCAGAAUCCUGGUGGGGAGGGAUAAUGUAUUCUUUUUUUUUUUUAGAGACAGAGUCUCACUUCAUGGCCCUCGGUGGAGUGCCGUGGCGUCACACAGCUCACAGCAACCUCCAACUCUUGGGCUUAGGCGAUUCUCUUGCCUCAGCCUCCUGAGUAGCUGGGACUAUAGGCACCCACAACAAUAGCUCAGCUAUUAUUUUGUUACAGUUUGGCCAGGGUCAGGUUUGAACCCGCCACCCUCAGUAUAUGGGGCUGGCGCCCUGCUCACUGAGCCACAGGCACCACCAGGGGUAAUGUGUUCUUUGAACAAGCCUCCUGGUGACCCUUCCAAGCAAAGUUGGACACAAAGAGUGAGGUUACCUAUGGGAGUGAUGUGUCCUCAGAAGUGGUAAGGAAGGUGCCCUGCCCAUCCAUGAAGGGCCGCUACCUUUGGGGGCACUGCCUAGCAGGGAUUCCCCCAGGAGCUAGGAGGGCCAGGGAGUUAAAGGAACUGGCCAUGUAGGGAGGAGGGGCUGGGGUCCUGGCUGGGCAGGGAAGAGAAGGCUGAGGGUCUAGCAGACUCUAUAGAACGGGGGACCUGGGUGGCACUUGGGGCAGAAGGGUAGCAGCAGCAGGGAGGCUGGAGGUGGCCCAGCAGUGUCAGAGCAGGAAGUGGAGGGGGGCAUCCCAGGAGUUAGGAUGCAGGUGAGGCCGCCUGGGCCUCUGCCCAGAGCUCUCACUUCCCGGCUCCCGGAGGCAACUGGGUGUUCUCAGGUGUCUGGCCACAGGGCAGAGGACCUA